CCUGGGCUGUCACCGCUUUGUUUUAUCACCCUGUGUGGGCAGCGAGCGGAGGCGUCCUUAAGCAUUCAUUGGAAAUGAAAAUUAGCCAAGUCAGCCUCACCGCCCUUUGCCUGUGUCCAACCCCCUGGGCUGGGGGUGGUUGAUCCAUGGAAGAACUCACCACUCACAUCACCAAUUGCUUAAUGAGGGCAAUAUAAAAACCAGCAGCGAGGCAGGACUGGGAGAUAACACCGGAUCUCCGGCAAGCCAGACAAGGGAUCCUGCCAGAUACGCUCCUCCCUGCCUCACCAACUACGAUGGGCACCUACAAAGUCCACGUUGCCACCGGGAACUUCUUCCUAGCCGGGACCUUCAGCUCCAUCUCCAUCACCCUGGUGGGGACGCACGAGGAGAGCGACAAGAAGCUCCUCGACAACUGCGGGAAGGACUUCAACCCUGGGGCGGUGGAGGAGUUCCAGCUGUGCUGCCGGCGCUGGCUGGGGGACAUCGUCCUGGUGCGGCUCCACAAGGAGCCCUACUCCUUCUACCCCACCGACAACUGGUACUGCAGCUUCGUGGAGGUCAUCUCCCCCCACGGCCAGACCUACCGCUUCCCCUGCUACCAGUGGAUCGAGGGCUACCGCACCCUGGAGCUGCGGGAGGGCAAAGGCCAGACGGUUUGCGAUGAUGCCGACUGCCCGUUGCUGCUGGCGCAGCGGCAGGCUGAGCUGACGCACCGACGCAAGUGCUAUGGGUGGAAGGAAUACGCCCCUGGACUGCCCCGGUGCCUGGCGGUGGACAACGUCAUUGAGCUGGACCGUAACACCAUGUACUCCUUCACCAAGAGCACCAACUUCCUGCUGCGUGGGGUGGAGCUGCGGCUGAAGGGUUUCCUGAGCUGCACCAACUCCUGGGCGAAGCUGGACGACAUCAACAAGGUUUUCUGCUUCAACAAGACCCCGAUCACAGAAUACGUGCGGGCACACUGGCGAGAGGACACGUUCUUCGGGUAUCAGUUCCUGAACGGGGUCCACCCAAUGAUGAUCCGGCGCUGCACAGAGCUCCCCCGCAACUUCCCUGUCACGCCGGCCAUGGUGGCCUCCUCCCUGGGGGAGAGCAGCAGCCUGCAGGACGAGCUGGAGAAAGGGAACAUCUUCCUCGCUGACUAUAAAAUCCUGGAGGGCAUCCCAGCCAACACGAUCAACGGCUACCAGCAGUACAUCGCCGCGCCCCUCUGCCUGCUGCACCUGCAGCCCUCCAGGGAGCUCGUCCCCAUUGCCAUUCAGCUCAGCCAGUGCCCAGGCCCCGACAGCCCCAUCUUCCUGCCCAGCGACUCCGAGUGGGACUGGAUCCUGGCCAAGACCUGGGUGCGCUACGCCGAUUUCCUGGUGCACGAGUCCGUCAGCCACCUGCUGCUCGACGAAGUCUUCACCCUGGCCACCCUGCGCCAGCUGCCCAUGUGCCACCCGCUCUUCAAGCUGCUGCUGCCCCACACCCGCUACACGCUGCACAUCAACGUUAUGGCCAGGACCAUGCUACUCAGACGUAGAGGGGUCAUCGAAAGGGGCAUGGGCUCGGGGAUCGAGGGGACCAAGGUGCUGAUGGCCAAGGGCAUGUCCUGCCUGACCUACAACUCCCUCUGCUUACCUGAUGACAUCCAAGAGCGUGGGGUUGACUGCAUCCCCAACUAUUACUACAGGGAUGAUGGGCUGAAGAUCUGGUCGGCCAUUGAGAGCUUUGUCUCUGGCAUUGUCAGACACUAUUACCACAGCGACGCCCACGUCCUGGCCGACUGCGAGCUGCAGGCCUGGGCAGAUGAGAUCUUCCGUGAAGGCUUCCUGGGGAAUGAGGCGUCCGGCUUUCCCUCGUCCCAGCAGAGCAUCCCUGAGCUCAUUAAGUACCUGACCAUGUGGAUCUACUGCUGCUCGGCCCGGCAUGCCGCCCUCAACAACGGGCAGUACGAGUUUGGCGCUUGGAUGCCCAACUUCCCGGCCUCUAUGAGGAACCCCCCACCCCAGGCCAAGGGCACCUCCUCCCUGGAGAGCUACCUGGACACCAUCCCGGAGGUCAACAGCACCAGCAACGGCCUCUUCGCCCUCUGGGUCAUCUGCUGCGAGCCAGGGGACUCGAGAUCCCUGGGCACGUACCCCGACGAGCACUUCACGGAGGAGGAACCCAAGCGGCUGAUUGCAGCCUUCCAGGGGCGCCUGGCCCAGAUCUCCCAGGAGAUCCAAGAGAGGAACAAAUCCCUGCCCAUCCCCUACCACUACCUGGAUCCCCUCCAAAUCGAGAACAGCACGUCGAUCUGAGCUCGACCGGCGAGCCCCAGGGAUGGGCCCCAUGCAGCCGCUGGCAAUGCUGUCCCUGCGAUCCUAUCCGGGGGCAAUAAACCACAUACUAAUUCCA